CUAUUAUUGAAACAAAUACAGCGGUCCUUAACGACUGAUCUUGAUCUACCUCCUGCAUUCACGCAGUCAUUCCUUUAUUAUUAGAUCCCACUUCUGUGAAUUUUCCACACAAUUUUGAAAACAAGAUUAUCCCGAAGAUCAGUCGCACAACUGCCUUGUAGUCGUAUAGUAAACUGGUGUUGUUCCGAGAAAAGAGAAUAGCAAAAUGGCUGAUGCACCAAAAAUUUGUGGUACUUGCAAGAAAAGCAUCGAAGGAGGGGUACUAACAGCUUUAGAAAAAUCAUACCACCCAGACCAUUUCAUUUGUAUAAAAUGCGCAACACCCAUUCGCGACGCAAAGUUCCACCAAAGAGAUGGAAUUCCAUAUUGUAUUUCUUGUCAUGCAAAAUACCUUGCACCUAAAUGCAAUUCUUGUAUAAGAUCAAUUGACGGAAAAGCUGUAGCUGCCAUGGGCGGACACUUCCACCCUGACCAUUUCACAUGUGAAAGUUGCAAGUCUCCACUGAUAGGAAAGCAAUUCGUAGAUGUUGAAGGUAAACCAUACUGUACGGACUGCCACGCCAAUAAGAUAUGCCCCAAGUGCAAGGCCUGUGGCAAACCUAUCACAACCAAAGCCACUAUUGCUCUGGACGCCAAAUGGCAUCAGUUCUGUUUCAAAUGUAAAAAAUGCGGUAAACCUAUGAUGUUGGAUCAGCAAUUCAAAGUUGAUGAUGGCCUACCCAAAUGUUUGACUUGCUAAACCUUCCGUUAAUUUCAUCAACAUUCGUUAAGCUUUCUUUUUUCAUUGUUUCGAUGAUGGAGUUGCUUAUUUUACGCUUACAAUUACAAACUAAUGUUAAAAUAGUUAUUUAUUAAAGCUGUUUAUUUUCGAAA